AUGACCGAUCCGGACUUGAAGAACGCGAUUUUGCGGCUGACUGACAUUUUGGCCAAGCAGCAGGAGACCCUCGAACGGUUGCAGAACCCAGGUCAUCCAGCUGGCGGCGCAGAACGGAUCGUCGAGUCGCUGGCAAGCGGAAUUCAAGAGUUCCAGUACGAUCCGGAUGCCGGAGUCUUCUUUGAUGGCUGGUACGGGAGGUACGAGGACGUUUUCACCAAGGACGGCAAGGACCUCGACGACCCCGCUCGAGUGAGGUUGCUUCUACGGAAGCUCAGCACGCCCGUCCACGAAAAGUACACCAACACGGUUCUUCCCAAUCAUCCCCGGGAUUUCACGCUGGCGCAGACCGUCGCGAAGCUCAAGAAGCUCUUCGGCCGGCAGAAAUCCGUUUUCCACGCCCGUUACCAGUGCUUGCAGUACGCCAAGAACGACGCGGAUGACUUCACGACCUAUGCUGCCACGGUGAAUAAACACUGUGAAGCGUUCCAGCUCUCCAAGCUUUCCUCGGACCAGUUCAAAGCGCUCCGGUUCGUCUGUGGACUCCAAUCGCCACGGGACGCGGACAUACGAGCCCGACUGAUCUCCAAGCUUGAAGCCGACGAAACCGCAGCUGUCGAAGCAGCCGCAGCAGGCGCUGCCGCCGGCGACGCUGGCGACGCUGGCGCAGCAGGCGUUGCUGUCCAAAGCAGGGUGACCCUGGAGAACCUCGUGGAAGAGUGCCACCGUGUGGCCAACUUGAAGCAGGACACGCUGAUGGUGGAGAACAAGGAUGCACGCAACGUCAACAUUGUGUCUCGCAACCAGAAGAAGCCUGCCUCGCAGGGGAAACCAAAAACCCCGAAAACGCCCUGUUGGAAGUGCGGGGACAACCACUACGUUCGAGAGUGUCCGUUCGCUUCGCACACCUGUUCCAGAUGCAAGCAACAAGGACACAAAGAGGGCUAUUGCUCCAGCAACAAGCCCACCACCUCGAAGCAGACGAAGCCCAAGGAGAACGUGAGGUCAAAGGGUAUCUUCACGGUCUGCAACAUCGGAAGCAAGCGUAAGUUCGUUCCGGUCGAGCUCAACGGCACAGCAGUCAAGCUCCAGCACGACUCGGCGUCCGACAUCACCAUCAUUUCGCAAGAAAUAUGGACCAGCAUCGGACAGCCAGCCGCUCGACCCACCGACGAAUCUGCUGUCACGGCUUCCGGAAGCAGCCUCAACCUUCUCGCCGAGUUCCAGACCGAGAUCACCAUCGGAGGCGUCACCAAGCGUGGACGCAUCUUCAUCUCGGACAGCGCCGAACUCAACGUCCUUGGCAUCGAGACGAUGGAUCUUUUUGAUCUGUGGUCUAUUCCGAUCAACAACUUGGUCAACGCCGUGCACCAACGCCCCGACCAAGUCAUCGAGCAACUCAAGCAGCAGUUUCCGGAGGUGUUCCGAAGCACGCUGGGUAGAUGCACCAAAGCGCAGGUGAAGCUGUACCUCAAGCCCGACGCACGUCCAACCUACUGCCCGAAGCGACCAGUGGCGUACGCCGCUCUUCCGAAGGUGGACGCAGAACUGCAGCGGCUCCAGGACAACGGUAUCAUCUCGCCAGUUCAAUUUUCGGACUGGGCAGCUCCGAUAGUCGUCGUGCGCAAGGCGGACAACGUCUCUGUCAGGAUUUGCGGUGACUAUUCGACGGGGCUGAACAACGCGCUGGAAUCUGACCGUCACCCGCUGUCGAGGUCGAAGAGGAAUCGCGCAAGCUGCUCACCGUGA